CUUGUUUCGAACAAGAAGCUACCUGAGAGGGCGCGUUAUAUCAGGAUUUGUAGACAAUUGAAAACUGUGAUUAAGUAGGAAAUUACCUUCGAUAAAGAUGCAAGGAAGGACAAAAAGAAUUUCUAGGCGACUUAGCUGGCCGAUGAAGAAAAUGCACUUACCAGCCAAUACUAUUCGACCCACGGGAUUCUCAGUAGACACUUACUUGAAACCGUGUUUGAUUGACUAAACGAUGCAGAAUUUCAAGCUCUAUCUUCCCAGAUAACUGAGAUCGAAAACUGGAGGGUGGCACAUUUGGGCAAUGUGUUUUAUAAUAAUAGGCGGCCUGAGAAAAUUUUGGUUCUUCUUUAAUAAUUUUAUUCUUACUUUUAAUUGUAAAACUCAAAUCUUCCAUUUUCAUAUAACAUUUACCUAAUUUAAUUAAUUCACUCGGUUCAGUAACAAAUAUUUUUAUUGAAUCAUCAACAUUGUUAAUGUUGUCUAAUUUUUUAAUAAAUUUUUCUAAUAAUUCAAAUAUUUUUAUUUUUAUAUUAGAUUUUUCAUUUUUACUCGUUCUAUUAUUAUUCAUGAAGAAAAAAUGAAAUUAUUUCUUACAGAAACACCAAAUCGUCAAGAUUUUUGGGAAUUAAUGAUUAAAAAUGAAAUAUUUACAAAUUGUAAAGAAUUAUUUUUAUUUACUAACAAAGAAAUAGAAAAUAAAAACUAUAAUGAAUUACUAUCUAUUAAACCAAAAGAUAAAUCGAUAAUAUUUUUUGAAAAAAUUGAUUGGAAAAAUGUUGAAAAUAUAAAAUAUGUUUACAAAACUUGUGCAAUAAAUAAUGUGGAUAAAAAUUUAAAAAUAUAUGAAGAACAAAAAUUAAUUUUAUCAAAUAAAAUGGCAACAAUUAACAUUGAAAAAUUACAAAAUUUAUCAACAAUUGGAAAAUUUGAUUCUAUAAAAUCGAAUGAUUUUAUGAAAAUUGAAAAUUUAAAUGAAAAUGAAUCAAAUGAAAUAUUUCAGUUACUUUUUGAACAGAAUAUAAUUACAAUAGAUGGACUACUUUUAACAAAUAAUUUAGAAAAAUUAAAUCUUAAAAAAUAUGAAAUUUAUAAACAAAGAAUUAUUUCAAUAUUAAAUUGUCAAUGUUUAUAUAAAAUACAAAUAUUAGAAUUAUUAGAAAAAAUGAAUUUAGAAAAAUUUGAUAAUGAUAAUAUUCAUUUAACAUUGGAAAAUAAUUUACAUAAACAACUUAUGUACGAUUUAGAAUCAUCAUUGAUUUUAAGACCAAUUUGUUUUAAUCAUAAAAUUGUUGAAGUUUCAUUUUGUGAUAAAAUGAUAGCACGUAAUUAUGAAGAUAAAUUAGAGAAAUUUUUAAUUGAAAAUAGUAAUAUUGGUGAAAAUAAAGAUAUUUAUAAAAGUUUGACAAAAUCAUUACAAACUACAAUUGGUAAAUUAAAUUUUUUAUUAAAACCCAAUUCAUAUUUAAAUGAUAUUAAAGAAAAGUUUAAUGAAAAUGAAAAAUUUGAACAUUUGGAAGAAUUAGAAUUAUUUAAAAUUAAUAGUUUAGAUCAAAUUAUUGGUAUUG